AUGGUCGCUGGGACCACGUUGCGCGGCAUGUUCGAGCAACGCUUGAAGGAGGCCAUCAAUCAAGCCGAGGAUGCAGGGGGCAAAUUGAUCCUCUUCAUCGACGAGAUGCACAUGCUCAUUGGUGCAGGCGCAGGCGAAGGAAGAGGCACCGGGGAUGCUGCCAACAUCCUCAAGCCGGCAUUGGCUCGUGGUCGCAUCCGCUGCAUUGGUGCUACCACCUAUGAAGAGUAUUACAGGUACAUUGAGCGGGAUGGGGCGCUCGAGCGACGGUUCAAAAAGGUUGAAGUCGGGGAGCCGAGCAUGCGAACGACCGUUGCCAUCCUGCGGGGGCUGAAGCACAAGUACCAAGAGCACCAUGGCUUGAAAAUUGACGAAGAGGCGCUUGUUGCUGCUGUAGAACUCGCUGCCCGUUAUAUUACUGGUCGCAAAUUUCCUGAUAAAGCAAUAGAUCUCAUCGACGAGGCAUGCACAACUGUAAAGUUGCGGGUCAGCAAAAAAAGAGAAAUAAAUGCACCGGGUGAGCUACUUGUUGUGAGCCGAUGGACUAGAAUCCCUGUCACUACACUUGAUCAAGAGGAGGAAAAGCUGGCCCAUUUAAUAGAUAGAUUGCAUGAGCGGGUUGUUGGCCAGAAUGAAGCACUUAAUUUGGUUGCUCAAGCAGUGCUACGUUCUAGGGUAGGUCUUGAUAAAUUUGAUCAACCGAUAUGUUCGUUCCUCUUUUUGGGCUCAACCGGCGUUGGAAAGACAGAGCUUGCCAAAGCUUUGGCCGAGAAGCUUUUUAACAACGAGAAGAUGUUAGUUCGUUUUGACAUGUCCGAGUAUGCUGAGAGUGGAUCUUUAUCCCAUCUCAUUGGAGGAUCACGAAGCUAUGAAGAAGAGGGACAACUCUCAGAGAAAGUCAGGCGCCAACCAUAUAGUGUUAUCCUUUUUGACGAUGUGGAUAAGGAAAAUCCCUCAAUUAUCAAUGUUUUUAUUCAACUUCUCGAUGAUGGUACGUUGAUUGAUGGAAAAGGACAGAACGUAGAUUUCAAGAAUACAAUCAUCAUUAUGACUUCAAAUCUAGGAUCAGAACACCUAUCAACUGGAGCGAACGGAGAAAGUGGAAUGGAAAAUGAACGUGAUCUUCUCAUGAAACAGGUUGAGAAACGCUUCAAGCCUAGUCUUAUCAAUAGACUGAGUGAGAUUGCAAUAUUUGAACCACUUUCACGCAACGAAUUGAGGGAGAUUGCAAAAAUCCAAAUGAAAAGACUUGUUGCCAUCAUGGCUAAUAAGGGUUUUUCUUUAUGUGUGACUGGUGCCGUCUUGGAGGUCAUUUUAUCGGAAUCACGUAACACGGGGUACGGGGCAAGGCCUUUAAAGAAGUGGAUGCGGAAGCAUGUGACAACAACUCUUUCAAAUAUGUUGGUCAAUGGAGAAGCGUGUAAAGGCACAACAAUCUCCAUAGAUGCUAGCGACGAUAGGAGGGGGUUGAAAUACGAAGUCCUAAAGCAGUAGGGGAUGGGCGAUCAAUUAAUCAGGAGAGUUAUGUUGCAGAAGUGACUCCUAU